UUGUUCUAAUGAUUUUGCAAGCCAUAAUGUAUCAUCCAUAUAUGCUAAAACUGAAGUAGAUGCUGCUAUAGAUUGGUAUCUAGUUGGGUUAAGUUGUGUUAGCUAUCGGACUAAGAAAGAGUAUUCU